UUUGUAUACACUUUAAUCUAAUUUCUAAUUGCCAAUCUAAUUUCGAGCGUCUGUCAAGUCAGUCGCACUCAAUUUUUUCUCCGAAUCAUUUACAAACAAUUUACACGAUGGAGCCCACCUUAAAAGCCCCAAUUCAUAAGAAUAGGAGGACUACAAUGGAACAAAUUUCGAAUUUCAUAAGUCCAGAAAGUCUAUUCAAGGAUAUCAAUUUGUUCAGCAAACUGUAUGAUGCAUCCGUCCCACUAACAAACCUGACGAAAUUUAGCAUUCCUCAACCAACGCCACCAGAUCCUCCCCAUGGGUCAUGGAUAGAUUGGCCAUUUUCAAGAGUUGUUCAACAAGAGUUUACUCCUGCGGAAAUUGGACAAGAAUUUGGUCCAACUUGGGCAACUCAUUGGUUUAAAGUGGAAUUAAGGGUCCCAGAGGAAUGGUCUGGAAGAGAUGUUCAUCUUCGAUGGGUGACAGGCAGUGAGUCCACAGUGUAUUCUUCAGAGGGGGCAUUGCUCCAGGGAAUAAAUCCAAAAUUCCGAGAAGAAUUUCCUCUUCCACCGGGAACGACGACGGCAACGUUUUACAUUGAGAUGGCCUGCAACCAUAUUAUGGGAGCAGGUCCGGAUUACAAGAACGGCUGGGGAGAUGAAAUAACACCACCCUCUCCCAAUUUAUUCUUCAAGCUGACUGUGGCGGACAUUGCAUUAUUUCGAGAAGACAUAUUCCAGUUGUACACCGAUUUGGAAAUGCUAAAUGGAAUUGCUAGUAAUUUGGGUGACACUCAUAUUGGAUACCAAGCAAUGUUUGUGGCUAACCAGAUGGUCAACGACAUUCGCGUGGACAAAUUAGAAGAAGCAAAAACGCUUGCAGCAAAUUUUUUUUCGAGUGGGACAGGUCAAAAGUCACACCAAUUGUUUGCCAUGGGACAUUGCCAUAUUGAUACAGCAUGGCUUUGGCCUUAUUCCGAGACUAUUCGAAAAUGUGCCCGAUCGUUUUCAGCACAGCUGCAACUAAUGAAACAGUAUCCAGAGUACAAGUUUGUUUGCUCACAGGCGCAACAACUAGCAUGGGUCAAAGAAACAUACCCUGAUCUUUACCAAGAGAUACACGAUCAAGUUAUUAACGAAAAACAAUUCAUUGUCGUUGGAUCCACAUGGGUCGAGAUGGACGGUAAUGUGCCGAGUGGCGAAGCAUUUAUGCGUCAGUAUUUUUACGGGCAACAAUUCUUCCGUAAAGAAUUUGGUGUUGCUUGCAAAGAAUUUUGGCUUCCAGACACGUUUGGCUACUCGGCCCAAAUUCCUCAGAUGAUAAAACACGUUGGAAUAGAUCGAUUUCUUACGCAGAAAAUGUCGUGGAGUUUGGUGAAUCGCUUUCCAAAUAAUAGUUUUAUUUGGGAAGGAAUUGACGGAUCACAAGUUAUGUGCCAUUUUCCUCCUGGCGAUAGCUAUGGAAUGUCUGGAUCUGUGGAUGAAUUCCUAAAAUCACAAAACAAUUCACAAGACAAAGGAAGAUGUAACAAUGGCAUCUAUCUAUUUGGACAUGGAGAUGGGGGUGGUGGUCCUACGAGAACAAUUAUUGAGAGAAUUAAGCGUGUACAAAAUGUCGAUGGGUUACCAAACGUAAGAUUUAGUGUGCCGGACGAAUUCUUUGAGAAUCUUGCGACUGAAAAAGAUAAGUUUUACAAAUGGGUCGGCGAAUUGUAUUUAGAACUUCAUAAUGGAACAUAUACAACUCAAGCAAAAAUCAAGUGGUACAACAGAAAAGGGGAAAUAUUUCUGCGUGAAGUAGAGGAGCUCAUGUCAAUUGCAUACACGAUGGGAAGGGUUGAUGAGCAACAACUUGCCGUCGACAUUGAAGAAGUCGACUCCAACUGGAAAAAUCUACUUUUAAAUCAAUUUCACGACGUCCUCCCAGGUUCAUGUAUCCAACUCGUGGCAGAGGAAGCUUGGCGAAUUUACGAGGAGGUUUUCUCAUCUCUAAAAAUUCUUCGGGACGCAUACCACGUUCGAAUUUUAGGGGGCGGAACUACUACGAAAGCGAUUUAUAAUCCAUUAACUUGGCCCGUUCACACCGUGAUUUUUAUGAAACCUGAUAAUGAUCAGGACCUCCCAGUUGGAGAGUUUAUUCAGACUGUGAAUUUGCACUCGGAUCCAUUUGAGAAUCAAGGAGAGGGACGAUUCAGGGUUCCAAAUACAUUUGCUGCGGCUUUAGUUAACCUUUCCCCCAGUGGAUAUUCAACCUUUCAACCGAUUGAACCUUUGAAUAAAGUUACAUAUGCUGCGAAUACGCCAUCCCCUGGAUUCGGAACUUUCUCCAAUGGAAUCAUCCAUCUUGAAGCUUCGACAGCUUCCCCAGGAUUGCCAACUGAAAAAUUAUUCUUCAAUGGAUCCGACGUUGCAUUUAAUGAUUUUCUAAACAGAGGAGUGGAACCGGGGAGAUUUUAUAUCUAUGAUGACCUACCGUUGAUUUGGGAUGCGUGGGAUGUAAUGGAUUAUCAUUUGGAAACACGACGAGAGCCAGAUUUUACAAAUAUGGAGUUGCAGCUUUUAUCUUAUGGGGAUAUUGUUGGAUGUUAUCGAUGGUCUGCUAAUUUUGGAAAUGGAAGCUCGAUAAUUCGUUACACAAUUAUGAGAUGUGAUUCGCCAAUGAUUGAGUACUAUACAAUUGUUGAUUGGAAAGAGGAGCAUAAAAUGUUGAAAGUAGAAUUCCCUGCGGAUGUCCUAGCUCGAAACUGCACAUUCGAGAUCCAAUACGGACACACAACUCGUCCAACGCAUAUCAACACAUCUUGGGACAUGGCCAAAUUUGAAGUCUGUGGUCACAAAUGGAUGGAUAUGUCGCAAAAUGACAAGGGCAUCACUGUUAUAACUGAUUCAAAAUAUGGCUGGCAUGUCCGAGAAAAUAUUAUUCAAUUGUCAUUGCUCCGAGCCCCGAAAAAUCCAGAUGCAAAUUGUGAUAUGCACAAGCACUUCAUUUAUUACGCUGUUCUUCCACAUGUGGGAACUUUCCAAGAGGCAGACGUUAUCAAGAAAGCAUACGAAUUGAAUGUUUUAGGGUCAAAUAACAUUCCUUUAAUGGCAACGGAUUUGGUUGGGGCCAACCUUCCGAAUAGCUGGGUCACUUUGAGUGAUAAUACCGUUAUUGCAGACACGGUGAAAGUUGCAGCAGAAAUUCCAAGAGCAAUUUGUGUCAGGUUGUACGAGUCGUUCGGUGGUUAUGCUAAUCCAACAAUUACAAUGGGAUUUGGAAUCGUACGGGUGGAAGAAUGCAAUGGUUUGGAAAACAAAAUUGGUGACAUUCCUCACACUGGAAAUGGAUUUUCUGUUCAGUUUAAACCAUUUCAAAUUCGAAGCUUUUUGGUUUACUUUUAAAUUAUUUUUAUCGCAUAAUAACUUUGGUUAGUACAUGGAUAUUUACCAUUUUUUGAUUGCAUGCAUUACACGUUCAUAUUUAUUCUAUUUUGAGUGGGUUGACAUGAAAUAAAUAAUAUUUACCGAUAUGA